AUGGGAAACCUGAACACUCCCAACUCCGGAGAGGGCACAACCGAUACACCUCCUACGUUGGGAGUAGCUGGGGCAACUCCGGAAGGGACCGAGAAUCCUCAAAUCCACGACCUGGAAGAGAGCGAUUCCGAGCCGGAACCCGGGAAGGAAGCACCCGAGAGGGCUGCGGCUAUAGAGUCCUCCAUAACCGCCUACCUGGAGCAGAUUUUAUCUAAGAGAUUCGACACCAUGCAGUCCAUGGUAGAACGCAUACCAGGAGUAGCUCCCCCAAUCCGGAGGAGCAAUCCAUAUUCCUACGCCGAUACCCCUUUCGUGGAGGAAAUCGCCUCAGUCGAGAUGCCUAGAAAUUUUUCCUUCCCCAGCAUCAAGAUGUAUGACGGUACUGGCGACCCCGACGAUCACAUCACGCAGUACAAGCAAAGGAUGUUGGCGGUUGCACUCCCUAAGGAGUCCCGCGAAGCCACGAUGUGCAAAGGGUUCGGUUCCACUCUGACCGGACCUGCCUUGCAAUGGUACAUCAAUCUCCCCACCAGGUCCAUAUCAUCCUUCGCAGGCCUGAGCGACAAAUUCGUGGAGCAAUUCGCAAGCAGUAGGAGCCUGGAGAAGACUUUAGAUGGUCUCUACGAGAUCCCCCAGCAUCGAGUGGAACCCCUGCGAGGCUACAUAGCCCGCUUCAACCAGGAGAAAGUGGUGGUCCCCGAAUGCAGCAUCCCUACCGCGAUCUCUGCCUUCAAAAGAGGUCUACUUCCAGAUGGGGGGCUAUACAAAGAGUUGACCAUGUACCCUUGCAAGACCAUGGAAGAUGUGUUGUCCCGAGCCUGGGCGCAGGUGAAGUGGGAGGAAGAUGUGGCUAGCCGUGCCAAGGCUCAGCCAAAGCAGGACCAAAGGACAGCCCGAUCAGAUCGAGGAGACCGAGAGGAAAGAUCCUCCCAGAAAGGAUCCAAAGACUCUGGUAGUAGGAACUGGGGCAGGUUCCAGUACCGGCCUCAAGAGAAGGAAGAAGGGAUGUCGGUAUCUACCUGGCCCGAUAUCUCCCAUCUCUCAGUAUCAACACCAGAGCUAGUCAACGCACUGAGACAGAUGGGCCAACAGGUUAGGUGGCCUCCAAAGAUGAAAGCACCUGACUCGUUCCGGAACCCGGAACUUUGGUGCGACUUCCAUCGCGAUCAUGGCCACAAAACCAAAGACUGCAUCGCCUUGAGGAUCGAGGUCAAUGAACUACUCCAAAAGGGGCAUCUCCGAGAAUUCCUCUCAGAGAAAGCCAAGGCCCACCUCAGUAAAGAGACUGCAGGGAAACCCAAAGGAGCUGCACCAACUUCACCACCUCGCCAAGAUCAGGUGAUCCAAGUCAUAUCCGGAGGUUCGGAAGUUUGGAAGUAA